UGGGCCAUAGGUGCAUACUACACAAGUGCAGCCGUAUCUGAUCUAUCACUUCCACUAGCCCAGUCUCUGCCAUCUGCUUCGAUACAUCCCCCCUCCCCCCAAUCUCUCGUAGCCGGAAAUUCAAGGGACCGGAAGCCUGCACCAUGUCUGGACCGGCGCCAACCGAGACGUCUAACAAACGAACGGUCGACCAAGCCGAACUCUCGACCGAUGACAAUCGGCCCGCUAAAAAGCAGCAGCUCGACGAGCAGGUCUCCGCUCCCGCAGCCGAAUUACCGCAGCCCUCGUCGACAUCCGCCCCGGUCGAAGUGGUCAUCACCGCUACCCAGGCUACUGAUGAUCUCGAAGAAGCGAUGAACGCCCAGCCCGAAGCUGGCCCGUCCAGGAGUACGCAGAAAAACGGGAACAAGAACCAAAAGGGCAAAGCCAAAGGCCAAGGCAAACCGAAUAAAUACAAGGGGACACACGAUAGGGGGGUUUGGGAGAGGAGACCUCCGAGGGAGUUGCCAGAGGGGGAGGAAAAGGAAGCGAGGUUGCCCAAGAAGAAGGUGGCUCUGCUGCUCGGGUUCAGCGGGGCUGGUUACAACGGGAUGCAAUAUCAAUUGACAGAAGAUCCAACCUCUGCCAACACGAUCGAGAUGCUCGUCUUCAAGGCGCUCGGAGAGAUGGGUGCGAUCUCCAAGGACAACUCGACCGACCCGAAAAAGGUCGAUCUCUCGAGAGCGGCGAGGACGGAUGCGGGGGUCAGCGCUGCAGGGAACGUGAUCUCGCUGAAGAUGAUCACCGAACCGCCUGGAUGUGAGACGCAAGAAUCGUUCGUCACCAAGAUCAACGAGCUCUUGCCCCCUGACAUCCGAGUUUGGGGAUUCCAACGAGCUACCAGCGGCUUCAAUGCGAGGACCUCGUGCGAUACCCGGGUGUACGAGUAUCUGUUCCCAAGUUACAUCCUCCUUCCUCCUAUCCCCGACUCGACUCUCGACAAGCACCUUCAAGAGGUUCGCAAGACGGCCGGGCUGGAACCCGAACCUGUCCCCGAGUUCUGGAGGUGCGUACAAGAAGCUACCGAUGCAUUGGCCAAGACCGCACCUGUUCCCGCCUCUGUGCCUGUCACCGAGUCUGGGGACGAAAAGACCGCUGGAGAAGCGGUACCCGAGGUGGAUCCGGAGAUCCUAAGACGACGGAAAGUGACGAGUAUGAAACGGGAUUGGAGGUGCGGUCAGGAAGAACUCGGACGGUUCCGAGAGAUCGUCAAAGAGUAUUUGGGUACCCACAACUUCCACAACUACACCUUGUUCCUCCCUCAUGAUUCCCCGACUGUGAAGCGAUAUAUGCUCUCGAUCGACGUUGCCGAGCCGGAAGUUUACGGCAACAUCGAAUGGAUCAGCGUCAAGAUUCACGGGCAGAGUUUCAUGUUGCACCAAAUCCGAAAGAUGAUAAGUAUGGCUGUUCUUGCGACACGGACAAAGACUCCGGCUUCUGUCGUUUCAAAGACGUUCGGUCCGGAAGGGAUUCACAUCCCCAAGGCGCCGGCACUCGGUCUGUUGCUCGAACAACCCCGGUUCGGAUCUUACAACGAGCGAGUCGAGAGCAGCCCUGCCGAGCACGGUGGAAUUACGUUUGCGCCUUUCGAAAAGGAGAUGAAGGCGUUCAAGUUGAAGUGGAUCUACGAGAGGUUGAGGGCGGAUGAGGAGAAGAUGGCAGUAUAUGUAAGCUGGGCGAACAAUGUGGACCACACUUUCGAUCACACGUUGGGUUGGUUAGGGUGUACGGGCGAGAUACCAGAGACGGCCAAGAAGACGAUCAAGGUCAAGGAGAAGAUCAGCAAAAAGCAAGCUGCGUUGAACGCGAAGAAGGCGGCCGAGGCGGCGUUGCCCGAGGGCGAGGGCGGUCGGGACGCCAUCGACGCCGAGGCCACGAGUGGGAAGGAGACCGCUACCGGCGUAGAUGCCUUGGAGAGUGAGGAUGAAGAGGUCGAGAUCAAGGGCAAGGACGAUGAGCGGUAGUGGGUUGUAAAAUGUGCAUGUUUGUACCACUCGUGUCCAUACUGCGCUCGAUUCCUCCGGGUCGCACGGGGUUACGGUGGUCGGUACGGCGAUUGUUGACCGAUUGCGAGAUAACGCGAUCGGAAGCAAAUUCAGCUAGGGGACAGCAGCAGCAGCAGCCGCCGCCAUCGCACACGGAAGCAAAGUGAGAGAGUGAGAGAGGGUGAGAGCGAGCGAGGCGAUGAGCGAGAUGCGGAGAUGAUCGUCGUCGUGAUGGAUGAUGG